AUGGGCCUGGCGAAGAACAGAUUGACAGGCUCUUUGCCAAGACAAGUAGGGACUUUAAGAAAUCUCGGAUCCGGCGAAAUUCCGGCUAACCUCGGAAGUUGCGUUAGACUGGAGACGCUUCUGUUGCAGAGCAAUUCCUUCCAGGGAUCCAUCCCCUCGUCUCUCAGUUCGUUAAAGGGUAUUCAAGUCUUGAACUUUGCAAACAACAAUUUGACUGGGGAAAUCCCGGAGUUCAUCGGGAGCUUCCAGCCGCUGACGAGCUUGAAUCUUUCAUUCAACGGAUUCCAUGGCAGAAAUCGCCUCCCCCAAAUGAGUUACCAAAGCCUGUGGAAGGCGACUGGAGAUUUCUCUCCUCAAAAUUUGAUCGGAACCGGAAGUUUCGGUUGUGUCUUCAAAGGGAUAGACCCAAACGACGGUGACAAAAUCAUAGCCGUUAAAGUUUUAAAUCUUCUUCACCCAGCAGCUGCGAAGAGCUUCAGAGCUGAAUGCGAGGUUUUGAGGGAAGUCAGGCACAGAAAUCUCGUCAAACUAUACUGGAUUUGGACCGUUAAAAAUUAUAAUUAUAAUUUCUUUUAUUCUUUUUUUAUAAUUAUAAUUUUUUUUAUAAUGAUGUGUAAUUUCUAA